UAGGUUAGGUUUUUCUUAAAAGACUACAUAAAUUUAUUAAAAACCGUUUGGUACUUAUCAAAUAAUGAGAACUUAUUAGUAAGAGAAAUAUAAAUAUGUCUGUACAAUCAAUAGUUCCAAUAACGUCACUUUACUCGCGAAUUUUAUCGAGAUUCCCUCAAUAUUUGCAAUUCAGUUUUGCUUAUGGAUCUGGAGUAAAACAACAAUUAAAUAAUAAAAAUCAUGGAAAGAAUAUGAUUGAUCUUAUUUACUGUGUGGACGAUUCGAGUAAAUGGCAUAAAUUAAACAUACAACGUAAUCCUUCGCAUUAUAGUAGUUUAAAAUUUUUCGGUAGUAAAUUUGUGGUUCGAUUUCAAGAAAAUGCUGGGGCUAAAGUUUAUUAUAACACCUUGGUACCGUUGGAAGGUGUUUUUAUUAAAUAUGGGGUUAUAACAACGAAAGACUUGAUAACAGAUCUAUUAGAAUGGUCUGAUUUAUAUUUAGCAGGCCGUUUACAUAAACCUGUUGAGAUUGUAAAAUCAGCCACAAAUUCCGAAUUACAAUCAGCUUUGCAAUUGAAUUUACAAUCAGCUGUUCAUGCUGCUUUAUUAACCUUACCAGAAACAUUCACUGAGUAUGAUUUUUAUCACACCAUAUCCAAUCUGAGUUAUUCAGGCGAUUUUCGCAUGAUGUUUGGUGAAAACAAAGAUAAAGUUGAAAACAUUGUUAAACCCCAAAUUAUCAAAUUCCGCGAAUUAUACAAACCAUACAUCAAAAUUUUACAUGAUUUCGUUGAAUUUCCACAAAUUGAUGAAUCAUCUGAUACAACCAAUCAUAAAAACGGCGAAGGAACUUGUUCCCAAGAUAUUAGACCUCUAGCGAAAUUACAUCAUUUAAAUCAACUACCAAGGUGGCCCCAAAUCGCGCUAACCCGGUAUUGGAACAGAGGAAAUUUCCGCCAAGACACAGAAGAUGUUCUAAGAGCUGUUGCUUAUGAUCCUGAUUGUAAUGUACUGGUGAGACAAUGUAUUGAUGAUAUUGUUUGGAAAUCUUCUAUCAGACAGAGUUUAAAAGGCAUUUUAACAGCUGGUAUUUGGAAAAGUGUUCGGUAUAGUAGUCGAAAAAUUGCUAAAAUGUUUAAGUAAAUUAUUAAACAUAUAUUUAUGGAUGCAUUUAUAUAAAUUAUAUGUAAAUAGUAGAAAUAAAGAUUUAGUAAUGAAAUA